AACUCCAUUCAACAAUCUCUCAUUCAGUUUCUUAGAUAAAAUCUCCUAAACAUCUUCUUCUACGGUUUAAUUAACCACAAAACAAGCAAUAUGUCUUCGAACAAGAUUGUGUUGACAAGCUCUGAUGGCGAGUCUCACGAAGUUGAGGAAGUGGUUGCGAGAAAAUUAAAGAUCGUAGGGCCAAUGAUCGAAAACGACUGCCCCGACAAAGCAAUCAUCCUUCAAAACGUUACAGGGAAGAUCCUCGCCCUGGUUAUCGAAUAUUGCAAAAAGCAUGUCGAUGAUGAUCAAGUAGAUGCAUCUGAGGAGGCGAAGAAGAAGCUCAAGGAUUGGGACGAGGAGUUCAUGAAGAGUCCUGAUCUUGAGACGUUCGUCAAACUCAUGCAAGCUUCUAACUAUCUCAACGGUCUUCUUGGUCUCACUUGCCAGUCCGUUGAAGAUUCCAUCAAAGACAAGAGUGUAGAGGAAAUUCGAGAAAGCUUCGGUCUGGAGAACGAAGAAGAAGAGGCGAUUCCCCGGAACACGCUUGAGCUUUUGAAGACCCAAGACCUUAGAUGUUUUUUAAACCCUAACAAUUGCUUUCGUUUCUUUCUUUAAUUUUCCAUAAAAGAUUUUAUGAAUUAAUGGUUUAUGUUUCUGUUUCUCAAGCGUGUGAUCAACUUUUAGGCUUAUGCUUCAUCUCCAUUCAAAGAGAUCA